CUACAAGGAUUCCACAGUAAGGAUGGCAAAUAGAGACAAGGCUACAAACCAGCUGGAGGAAUUCAAAAAAUCUCAAAAGAAGCCCGAUGUGCUGACCACAGGAACAGGUGCCCCAGUGGGCACUAAGACAGCUACCCUGACCGCUGGGCCAAGAGGACCUGUCCUUAUUCAGGAUUUCACCUUUACGGAUGAAAUGGCCCACUUCAACAGGGAACGAAUCCCAGAACGAGUUGUCCAUGCCAAGGGGGGAGGUGCCUUUGGAUACUUUGAGGUGACUCACGACAUCACAAAGUACUGUAAGGCCAAGCCAUUUGAGUCGGUGGGAAAGAAGACUCCUGUGGGCGUCCGUUUUUCAACAGUUGGAGGAGAGAGCGGAUCUGCCGACACUGCUCGUGACCCCCGGGGAUUCGCCAUCAAGUUUUAUUCAGAAGAUGGAAACUGGGAUUUGGUCGGCAACAACACACCUAUCUUCUUCAUCAGAGAUCCAAUGUUUUUCCCUAGUUUUAUCCACACACAAAAGAGAAAUCCACAGACCCAUCUGAAGGACCCUGACAUGUUCUGGGAUUUCAUCUCACUGCGGCCAGAGACCACGCACCAAGUAUCCUUCUUAUUCUCUGACCGAGGAACACCUGACGGCUUCAGACGAAUGAAUGGCUACGGAAGUCACACUUUCAAGAUGAUCAACGGGGACGGUGUUCCUGUAUACUGUAAAUUUAUCUUGAAGACUGACCAGGGCAUCAAGAACCUGAUGGCUAACCAGGCCGCAGAAUUGUCCAUGACUGACCCCGACUAUGCCAUCCGGGAUCUCUUCAAUGCUAUUGAAGAUGGUAACUUCCCCUCAUGGACAUUCUACAUCCAGGUUAUGACCUUUGAGGAGGCGGAAAGGGUCUCGUACAACCCAUUUGACCUCACUAAGGUAUGGCCACAAGGAGAGUUCCCUCUGAUCCCAGUCGGACGGAUGGUACUUAACAGAAAUCCCAAGAACUACUUUGCAGAGGUUGAACAGAUUGCAUUCUCACCUGCUCACAUGAUUCCUGGUAUCGAAGCUAGCCCUGACAAAAUGUUACAGGGUCGUCUGUUUUCUUACUCCGACACCCACCGUCACAGACUGGGCAGUAACUAUCUCCAACUGGCCGUCAACUGUCCCUUCAGCACCAAGGCCAAGAACUACCAGCGUGAUGGGCCGCAGUGUGUAGGCGACAACCAAGGGAAUGCACCAAAUUAUUUCCCGAAUAGUUUCAGCGGACCACAGGACAACGUAAAGUUAAAUGAGUGUCCAUUCACAAUCACUGGUGAUGUUCAAAGGUAUGAGACUAAGGACGAGGACAACUUCUCACAAGUUACCGACUUCUGGAACAAGGUACUGACGCUAGCGGAGCGUCAACGUUUGGUCGAAAACAUUGCAACCCACUUGAAGGAUGCCCAAGAAUUUAUUCAAAAGAGAACAGUACACAACUUCACGCAGGUCCAUCCUGACUUUGGAGGGGGUAUUCAGAAACUAUUGAACUCUUACAAGAAAUAGUCUGUUCAGCUUUUCCUGACAAGAACUGGUUUAGGGAAUACAAGUUCAUCAGUGACCCGGAUGUUGACAUUGGGC